UCGUUUGCGAGGCGAGUGCUCUAACCACAGCUGCAGGACUGCACAAAGUCAGGUUUAAAGAACAGGUGAGGAUUGAAAAAGACACCAAAGUUCCACACCGGCUCCGUGAGGUGUAAUCCGUGAAGACCGAUGCUGUCAGUGCCCGAGGUGGGGAGGCGCUGAUGGGAGCCAAGCAGGAAGACCUCAGUCUUUUCGAAAAAGCGAUUGCGACCACGCCGCCGUGCCGAGGGGAGGAGCGGAGCAGCGGGAACAGCAGCCCUGGUAGUGGCACACUCGGCUCCAGUCUGAGUGGCUUCUCCUUGGGGGAGGCCAUUGUCCACACAGCCACACAGGACAUGGAGGCCUGGAGCCAGCUGCAGGCGGGCGGUGAUGCUGGGCGGGUGGCUGUACUGCGGACCGGUGCUGGGAGGGAGCAGCCGGCUAGUGAGUGGCCCACCCUUGAAGAGGGAAUGAUUAGCGUUACUGAAGCGUCGCUGGUGACAGAGACCCAGGCCCGGCCGACGGCUCUGAUCGAGCUGCAGGACAGUCGUCUGACACCAGCUCUUCCACUUCUUGCCUCGUGUCCCACCGUAGACCGUGAUCGAGAGCGCGGUGUCCUGUCCGAAACUGGGUACGAGUGCACACCGCUAAGCUUCCUCUCUCUGAGGGCAGCUCCUGACCUCUCGGCAACGCUGUGUAAGGGAUAUUCUCAAGCCUUCCAGUCGGGAGACUCUGUGUACACAGCCGUUUCUGAGCUGUCGUGUGACUUUGUGAGAGGCCGUCUGCGUGAGCGCUCGCUGGGGGUGAGCACGGCCCUCACCGGAGAAGCCAGUCUCUGCUCCCUCUCCCAGCAUUCCUUCCCCCUCGCCAGCCCUGCCUCCAAUCUAUCCACCAGCUCCAGCCCUACCUCCGCCCCCAUCCCAUUCCGCAGCUCCAGCCCGCCUCCACCCCCAUCCCAACCCCCACGCGGCCCCCUAGCAGAGUCUGGCCCCUCAGCUCAGCCCGGCACCUCGGCACAGUUCCCAGCACAGCCCGAGCUCAGAGCAGAGCUGGGCUCAGCGCUUGGCAAUGUUCUGCAGGCAGCCAGCGACUGGCAAGAACUGGGAGCAUCCAGCCACGACCAGAGUCCAGGAGCGUCGCCUCUAUUCGUUCCAAAUGCCUACACUAGCCGGGGCGGCAUCACAGGCGAGAUGCGGGGUGGAGGGGAGAGGCUUGGCCAUUCCUGGCUCCCGGCCACCCUCCCCGGGCCUCUCUGCCAGUCCACUCCCAGCACAUUCCUGCCCAUCACCAGGACGGGAAUGCUGAAUCAAACCGUCGAGCACCUGGCGAAGGGAGCGGUCGUCUCUCCCGAGCCUUCGCCCCAGCUCUCGCUGUCCCCAGACCAAGCUGAGCCGGGGCGGCAGGGAUCCAGCCUGGGCUAUACAGAGAGGGUGGGGGUCUGUGCUGGGCAGUGGGGCAUGGGGCGACCCAGCUUUGACAGCCUGGUGCUGCGGGGGCUGCGAGGAGAGUCUCCCCGGCGCCGGGCCUACAGUGCCAUUGCUCAUUCCCUCAAUCACAUCCUGUCCCAGGGUGGUGGGGAACCUGUGGCCGAGCACUGGCACAGAAGGUCUGGGGGUGGGUCACUGGGAGCGGCCCCGUCCCCACCCGCCCGGGCUCCGCAGCUCAACAUCAGUGGCAAUGCGGGGGGAGGGGCCAGCAACUCCCCGGGCUCCCGGUUUGAUUUCUCUGCUUGCCCGUCCGGGCUCGGUGUUCCUGAUCCCAGCUCCUCUCUGUCCGUCUUCGCCGUUUCUGAUCCCGGUACCUCUCUCCCCGGGCUCAGUCUCAGCGUUCCUGAACCCGGCACCUCAUUCCUCGCGCUCGGCGUUCCUGAUCCCGGCACCUCACUCCUCGGGCUCAGUGUUCCUGAUCCUGGCACCUCACUCCUCGGGCUCAGCGUUCCUGAUCCUGGCACCUCACUCCUCGGGCUCAGCGUUCCUGAUCCUGGCACCUCACUCCUCGGGCUCAGCGUUCCUGAUCCCGGCACCUCACUCCUCGGGCUCGGCCUUCCUGAAUCCGGCACCUCUCUCCCUGGGCUCGGUGUUCUGGAUCCCGGCACCUCUCUUGCAUGGCGGAGCAGGAGUCAGAGUCUCCCGGAGCACGUCACUGGCAGACAACACCGUGGUGAGGACACUCCGCUCCCCAGCACAGAGCCGGGCGUGACAUCCCUGGACACCAGCCGGGCAGACGAGCCCACAGUGAGCAGCACUACUGGACGAGCCUCGGCCCAGUCACUAACCAGCUUGGAGGUGGAUAACUACUCACCGCACUGGGGCGACCCCGCACCUCUCCUCACCCCCCCGCUCCCCACCACUGACAUCGAGCAACGCAUCCCGUUUUACCUUUGGAAUCUCGGCAUUCAUCAGUCUCCGACCAGCAUCCUGACAACUGAAAUCCCCCCGCCUCCAGUGCUUUCGGACCCUUGGGGGCUGGGAAUCUCCAAAGAUUUGGACACAGUGACCAAGAAAUUACUGGGAAGUGAAGGAAUUGCCGAGGCGAUGUGGGCGGAGCGGAGCCGGGAGCCGCUGUCAGUGCUGAGUGACGAGGAUCGCAGGAAGAUCGAUGAGAUCAAAGCGGAGUUACUCCGUAUGUCCCGCAAUAUCACCGGCUCCAAGGGCCGCUGGUUGACCUGUGACCCAGAGCCUGGGAGUCUCUCAGAUGUUUGCUCCCCGGACUCUGCCCUCACUGCCUGCAGGCUCCCAGCGCCAACACUGAAACCAGCCCCACCAGCGGGUGCUGGACCCAACCCUCCACCAGAGCCACAGACCCCCAUAGUUUCUAUCACCUUCUCCUCCCGCAAACGGCUCACUCCAUCCAUCCCCCACGAGGGAGCCCCAGCCCAACCCCUCACACAGGGCACUGACUCCGAGUUUGUGGCUGGCAACACAACUGGCAAUGGCAUCAGAGUUGGCACUAUGACUGGCACACGGCUUGGCAGUGGGGUUGGCACUGUGACUGGCACACGGGCUAGCACUGUGACUGACACACAGGCUGGCAGUGGGGUUGGCAAGACAACUGGCACUGGCAACAGGGUUGGCACUGUGGCUGGCACUCGGCUUCGCAGUGAGGUUGGUCCUGUGACUGGCACAUGGGCUGGCAGUGGGGUUGGCAAUACAACUGCCACUGGCACCAGGGUUGGCUCUGUGACUGGCACACAGCUUGGCAGUGAGGUUAGCCCUAAGCCUGGCACACGGCUUGGCAGUGAGUUUGGCCCAGUGACUGGCACCCGGGCUGGCAGUGGGGUUGGCACUGUGACUGGCCCAGGGUGCCGUGGCUUUCCAGUUGCACCAGUGUUUGUGCCGUUUUCCGUAGCGGAUCCCGGCCGGGAUGAGCGGGAGCAGACACCGCUGGCCGUCCCCAAGGCCACGGCAAACGGUGCCAGUUCCUCCCCCUCGGCACACCCAGCACGCUCCCAUGUCCAGCUGACCAUUUCCCCCCGGCGCUUGGCCCCGCUCAGCCAAACCAUGUUGCCUCCAGGCAAACUGCAGCUCACCCGCGAGGACGGGGGAGCCCCUCCCCGAGCACUGUCUCCGCCCGGUGCUGCCGCCUCACUGGCUCAUGGCCCACCCUACCCCCCACUCCCCAUGCCCACGCCUGGCUUCUACCCAGCAUUGCCAGUUGAGCUGCACCUCCCCCUGGGGGGCCCUGGCACACAGCAACCUACUGAGGUGGGGGCCAGGGUACACGCCGCAACACAGACAGGCCUGACGGUGCCGGCAAAGAGCAGUUGUGACCCAGCCCAGCGCAGGAGCAGCAGAGCCAGCACCGCACACAGCCCCGGGGCACACACCAGGAGCAGAGAGCCACCAGUGAUUUUGCCGUAUCGACCAGCAGGCAGUGCCGAGGUUUUCUACGUCCCAUAUAUGGAGUGCCGCAGCACAUCGUCUCCUCCGAGCUCGGAGACCAGCACCGACAGCUCCCGGGAGCAUGGUGUGGAAUGCGAGGACCUCCGUCACCGGCAUAGCUCUGUCACCACGGGUAUGAGUGGCCGGCAGCCCCCCACCUUGUUAGUAAGAUCACAGGUGGGCCGGGGCCUGCACUCCCCUAGCCCGCAGAACAUGACCAGGGGCAGCAGUGCCGGUGGCUUCUGUGGACCCCCGGAGACGGACCCCGGCAUCUGGACGAGCGGUGGCGAGGCUCCGAAAAGAACGAGGGUCCUGGCCCAAGCCACCCAGCCCGGCGGCAGCCUGAAUGAGCUGUGGCAGAGGUUUAAGCAGCGGCAAACCCGGCGGACAGGGUCCGACACCGCCAGUGAGCUGUCCCUGUUGGAACGGCUGGAGAGGCUGGCUGACCUGCUCCGUGAUCCUGUCCGGCAUUCUCUGCUCUCCCAGGGCGUUCCCGACCGGCAAUCCUUGCUCUCUGAGGGGGAACUGUGCAGUGACUCAGGCACGGAGGAAAUCUGCACCGAGCGGAUCAGAAAGAUCCUGAGCCGAGAACGCCAGCUCCCCACCCCCGGCACCGAUACGGACACCAGCCUCAGCACCCUGACCCCGGCCCCCAGUGACCUCUCCACCAUCGACACAGCCCGGUUGGUACGGGCCUUCGGACUGGCCAGAGUGGAGGCAGCGCCACUCGUUCGCCUAUACGGGGCUGUGCGCAGGCAGAGGGAGGGCACCCAGCAAGGACGGCAUACAGCUCAUCAUCAUCACACACAGCGCUCCCCCAGAACAGUAAUGACUGAUGCUGUGAGUGGGGAGAGCUGCUCCUGGCGAGGGCCAUCUUGUCAGCUUCGCAACAAAAAGCUCCUUCACAAGGGAGUACAGGCAGGUGAUGUGGAGAUCGUCCCAAGUGCGACCAAGCGACACACCCGCGAUGUGGGCACAACCUUCCCCUCCCCCACCACCAGCACCGGGCGCCAAGACCCCCUCCACACCGGCACCAGGGCCCAGAGACAUCGCAAGACCGUGCCCCCAGCUGUGACCUGGUUUGUGCCGGCCGAGGAGCUGCAGUGGGAGAGUCGGAAGGAGAAUUUUCCGGUGUGUGUUCGUGUGCCGGCCCUGGACUCCCGGUACCGGGCCCCGCUGAGAGAGCGGCAGCUACAGGCGGGGGUGGGGGUGCGCUGCCACCCCCUCCCCUCUCCUUACACAGCACCAACAACCCUCAUACCUCUCACAUUACAGGAGGCUCUGGCUAUGAACCGCCCUGACUUUAUAUCUCACUCACGGGAGCGGGUUAGACGGCUGGAGUUGUUUGCUGAAGAGCGCAGACUGCAGAGCGAGCUACAGAGCGAGAGACUGUGGCUCUUCAACCCCCCACUAGCCCACUGCAGCCCUCCAUCCCGGCCUCUCACAGAGAAUACAAUUUUCUGGAAGAAAAAAAUCACGAGGAAGGAAAUGGUGCUGAGAUCAAAGCGAAUGUAUAACCAGUUGUCUGAGGUCACAAGGCGGCGAGAGGAGGAGAAGCGAAAAGCUGAAAAUCGCAGCAACCGAUUGAAAGCUCAACUUUAUAAGAAGAAAGUCACUAACCGUGUCCUGGGCAGGAAGGUGGCCUGGGAGUGAAAGCAGCUUCUGCCCCAUUAGCGUGUGAGUGUAUGUGUGAGCGUGUCUGAGUGUGUGUGAGCAGAACGUAUC